AGGGAUGACUAAAUACCCAACAUUUACACAAUGUGAAAAAAGUACAUUAAUCGAUGUUUUUUGUUGUUUAAAAUUGACCUACUAUAAAUGAAAUAAAAAUAAUGAAAAAACAGUUUGUUCCCUUACUCAUUUAUAAUGCGAUACGCAUUCAUUGUUAUCUGUCGGCUAUCGUCAGGCUUUUAUUGAAAUAUGCUAAGUUGUUCUCAAGCUUCACAUCUCCACUUUAGCUUUUACAGGCAUUGUCUAAGGCGGGGAAUUUCGUAAAUCUUUUUUUUAUAUCAUCUUAUAUUCGACACCGCGUUUCCUGCCUCGCAAGUGUACGCAUUCAUGUGCACCGCUUUAUUUGGAAUGUCUUAUUGAAUGGAAGUGCCUUUGUGCCUUUUCGACUAUGGUCGUGUUUGGAGGUGUAUUAAUAUGGCCAUAUUAUCUGCUCUUGCUAAAAGGUCUGUUAAGCCGUGGGACCGUAUUGGAAUAAAUAACAAAGCAGAUUUCGGCGAUAUUUUUUACCAGUUUCAAUUUUGCAGUUACGAUUUAAAAAACGAAAUAAAAAAACCUUGUUUCGGAAAAGAUCUCAGAAAGUUUUAUAGACAUUCAAAAUAAUUUGUCAUAUAAAUUAAAUCGACUUUUAAUUGUUAAAAAUGUGGGUUAAAUUGUUAUUUUUACAAAUUAUAUAUUAUGGUCACCAUUAUCAUUCUAAAAGCAAAAAAUUGUUAAAGUAAUAAAUAACGUGCAAAAUUAUCGGGUGGAGUUACUGGAAGGGCGGAGACUAUCGCACCCUAUCUAUACUCUUCGUAUGGUCUCUUUAAUAAAUAUGACACUAUUGUUGUUGAUAAGUAUAAUACUUUUAUGACCGUUAUAAAAAUAAGUCCUUGUAACUAGGAUAUUUUUAAAUAUACAAUAAAAUUAUAUGCAACAAAUUUUAAUUGAUGUCAAAAGUUUCAUGCUUAUGUGGAUUUGAUAAUUCGACUAUAUUUUUUUGGAAGCUUUUAAUAUGGGGAUGCAUGGAAUAAGAGGAACGGAAAACCUCCAGAAGUGUACACAUUUUCCUUGAAGAAAAUAAAUAACUACGAGAAUAUUUACGAACAGAAAAAUUUCCUUUAAAUAAAAUGUUCUAUACAUAUAGUAAAACUUUUUUCAUGUUUUUACCAGGUCGUAUUCUAUAUGAUGUCCCUUGUGCCGUAUGUCGAGAUCAUUCUUCGGGAAAACAUUACGGAGUGUUUGCAUGCGACGGAUGUGCUGGUUUUUUCAAGAGAUCAGUGCGACGAGACCGUAGAUAUGCUUGCAAAGCUAGAAACUCCGGAGCUUGUUUGGUCGACAAAGCACAUAGAAAUCAAUGUCGCGCUUGUAGAUUAGCCAAAUGUCUCGAUGUCGGUAUGAAUAAAGAUGCUGUUCAGCAUGAGAGAGGACCAAGAAAUUCUACGAUUCGACGGCAAAUGGCUUUAUUUUUAAAAGAUCCAGCACUACCCGCUUCCGAAAUGUCUUUAAUGCCUCCAGUUUUGGAUUUGGCUAUACCAAAGCACUCUAUGCUACCACCCCCACCACCUUUAUCUUUAUUUCACAAUCCCUAUCAAUCUUAUAGCAGAUUUAAUUUAUUAGCGUCUCCAUUACCGUCUUGUCCACUGAAAGCUCCAUCGCCGCCGCCACCCAUGACAUCAAAUUUAAUAAGCCCCACUGAACCAGAAGCAAUUUGUGAAGCAGCCGCCCGAUUAUUAUUUAUGAACGUUAAGUGGGCCAAAAAUGUUCCAGCCUUCUCGUCUUUGUCUUUGCAAGAUCGAUUGAUAUUAUUAGAAGAAUCAUGGCGAGAUCUGUUUGUAAUUGGAUCGGCACAAUUUCUAUAUCCCCUUGACUUAAAAGUUCUCGUAAACACAAAACAUACAAAAGUAGACUCUAAACAUAUCGCAGAUUUCGAAAAGGCUCUUAUAGAGCUAACAAAGAUGCAUCCAGAUAAUAACGAGUAUGCAUGUCUUCGAGCAAUUGUUUUAUUUAAAACAAAUUUCAAUGCUGUCCAUACGAACAGUUUGCCUCAAUCCCAUAUUGAAAUUAAGAAACUAAAAGACCUACCUGCAGUAGCUAGUUUGCAAGAUCAUUCUCAAGCUGUUUUAAACGAGUAUAUUACCAGAUUAUAUCCAGGAGAUACAACACGAUCAAAUCAAUUGCUCCAAAGUUUGUCCGCAGUCCGAAAUGUUUCAAGUACUACAAUAGUGGAACUAUUUUUCCGAGCUACCAUAGGAGAUAUACCGAUUGAAAGAAUAAUAAGUGAUAUGUACAGAAGCGGAAAAGAUACUGUUUAAAAGCUUUUAAAGGUUGCACAAGCGAUAACAUAGUGAAAAAGAAUAUUGUCUAAAAAAUCUAUAUUGUGUUAGACGUAUUUCUUCUGACCAAGUAUAUUAAAAAAUUUUAGCUGUCAAUUUUAUUACGAUAUGCGAUUGUAAUACAUUAAAUAUUUAUUAUUCUUCUAGUCAUAUUUCGGUACUGCAAAAUCUUUAUUAUCAUUAAUGUAAUUUACCGGCAAGAAAUCAAAUAAAUAACAUUCGGCUAACACAUGUUUCAGUUUAAGAUAAAAGUUUCAGUUUAUUAAGAAAAGAGUAAAUUUUACUCUUUCGUCCUAAAUAUACAUACGAAAUUGUAAUAAUAAUAAGUAUUCUGUACAUUUAUCACAAGAUCGCAUCGUCAAUCUGUUUAAGGGGAGUUUCUAAAUAUCAAUGUAGGUUUACGAAUGUAUAACUCGCAACCGUCAGACGAUGCAAACUUGUUUAAAAAGUACUGUGGUAAGAAUUAAGAAAAUUUAUUACAAACAUUUUAAUAUUCACAUUUGUAAUAGGUAUGUAGUUAUUAAUAUGUAAUUGUCUGUCAUUUUCAUUGUCGAAACUUAAGUAAUACUAAAUGAAUACCCACAGAGUCUUAACUAUAAGUAGGAUUAAAGAGAGAUUUACAAAAUAAAAUCUUUUUAAGGGAGUUGUAGUUUAAAAAACUUUAAUUUUUUUUUAUUAUUACUACAUAUUAUUCAUAUUCGAGAAAACAAAGUACUAAGUGACUUUCCAUUUAGGUACAUUCACAAAUGGUUUGAACUUUGAAGUAAUAUCUGCCAGAAUUAUGCAAAAUAUAAAAAAAGUACUUUCUCGGGGCUAUUGUGUAUGCAAGGGAUGUACUAAUUAAAUAAAUUUAAAGUGGGGAAUGCUAAAUAAUAAUUUUAGAGAAAACAUAUUUUAGUGUAUAUAAGCAUAUAUCUCUAACUUAAGGAAUAACACAAAUGCUUCUUAAUUUUCGUUAUAAACAUAUCUGUAGAGAAUAAUAUUAAGGUGUAAAUUUUAUGUAAAUAAAUUAUACUAAU